AUGACCACCAGAGCGCUAACGACGGCCGUGCCACAGCUGUACACCCAAUCUGAUAUGGUCACCACAGUGACAAUGGAUACCACAGCAGAGGAAAGCACACCAGACCUCAUUGCACCACAGGGAAACUCACAGAAUGGCAAGAGGGAGCUUCAUGCUUUCUUCCCCCGACAGUGCUUCAACUCUGCAUUUCAUGUCCAUGUCCAUGUUUCCUGCACUAAUGACCUCCCUAACAGGGAUAUCCACCACAGCAGAAACCACAUCAACAGUCCCAUCAACCCCCAUAGCAGAGAUGUCCACCCCAGCAGAGAUGACCACCGCAACAGCAAUGGUUACCACAACAGAGGAAAGCACACCAGGGACAUCCACCCUAGCAGAGACAACCAUAACAGUCCCAUCAACCCUCAGAGCAGAGAUGUUCACCCCACCAGAGAUCACCACAACGACAAUGGUGCCAGCAUACGUCUCUCUGGUGGGAGGAAUCACUGCGAGGGACGCGUGGAGCUAUACAACGGCAGCACAUGGGGGACAGUGUGUGAUGACCAGUGGGACCAGCGUGAUGCCCAGGUGGUGUGCAGGCAGUUGGGCUGUGGACAGCCCGUGGGUGCCCCACAUGCUGCUCAUUUUGGAGUUGGCUCCGGGCACAUCUUCCUGGACGACGUGCAGUGCCGCGGGGACGAGCCCUCUCUCCAGAUGUGCAGGCACAAUGGCUGGGGCGUGCACAACUGCUUGCACGUGGAGGAUGCCAGUGUCAUCUGUGCAGGUGCAAGCAUACGUCUCUCUGGUGGAAGGAACAGGUGUGAAGGUCGCGUGGAGCUGUAUGAUGGCAGCACAUGGGGGACGGUGUGUGAUGACCAGUGGGACCAGCGUGAUGCCCAGGUGGUGUGCAGGCAGUUGGGCUGUGGACAGCCCGUGGAUGCCCCACAUGCUGCUCAUUUUGGAGUUGGCUCCGGGCACAUCUUCCUGGACGACGUGCAGUGCCGCGGGGACGAGCCCUCUCUCCAGAUGUGCAGGCACAAUGGCUGGGGCGUGCACAACUGCUUGCACGGGGAGGAUGCCAGUGUCAUCUGUGCAGGUGCCAGCAUACGUCUCUCUGGUGGAAGGAACAGGUGUGAAGGUCGCGUGGAGCUGUAUGAUGGCAGCACAUGGGGGACGGUGUGUGAUGACCAGUGGGACCAGCGUGAUGCCCAGGUGGUGUGCAGGCAGUUGGGCUGUGGACAGCCCGUGGAUGCCCCACAUGCUGCUCAUUUUGGAGUUGGCUCCGGGCACAUCUUCCUGGACGACGUGCAGUGCCGCGGGGACGAGCCCUCUCUCCAGAUGUGCAGGCACAAUGGCUGGGGCGGGGCCAAAUGCUGGCACCGGGCGGAUGCCCUCGUGGCACCUAAUUUUUGUGGUGGCUCAAUCACAAAUUCCUCUGGAACGCUGCAGAGUCCCUCCUACCCUGGGAAUUACCCAGACAACGCUGACUGUGUGUGGGAAAUACAAGUAGAGAACAAUUUCCGUGUUACACUCACAUUUAGAGACAUUGUGAUGCAAAGCGGAACAUGCCAGCAUGACUACAUUGAAGUCUAUGAUGGUCCUCAACACUCUUCCCCUCUUCUUGGGAGAUUUUGUUCUGGUUCCUUUCCCACAUACAUAUCCUCUGCAAACAUGAUGACCGUUCGCUUUCACAGUGAUUCUAGAUACUCUUUCAGAGGAUUUCAGGCUCACUACUCCUCCAUUCCAGCAGAUCACAACACCACCCUUCUGUGCUUGCCAGACUACAUGCACGCAGUGGUUAGCAGAGCCUAUCUCCAGUCUCAAGGCUACUCAGCAGAGAUGGUCACCCUGAAUGACAAUCACUGUAGACCAACGAUCACCUCCCAGGAGGUUAUAUUCAACAUUCCCUACAAUGGCUGUGGGACUAUACGAGAGGAGAACAAUGAUACAAUCAACUAUUCCAACACAAUCAGAAUUGCAUCUUCUGGGUACAUAAUCAAGAGGAACAAGAAUAUUAACUUACACAUCAGCUGCAAAAUGCUGCAGAAGACAUGGAUGCAAGUGAUGUAUGCUGCUGAGGACACUGUAGAUGUGAAUGAAUACCAGUUUGGAAGAUAUGACAUGAACAUCACCUUCUAUGAUUCCUCAUCAUUCUCGCGACAAGUGCGCGACUCUCCGUACUACAUUGACUUGAACCAAAACUUGUACCUUCAAGCUUGUCUUCACAGCCAAGACCCAAAUCUGAUUGUGUUCGUGGACACAUGUGUGGCAUCACCUGAUCCUCAUGACUUUAACACUUUGGCCUAUGACAUAGUCAGGAAUGGGUGUCCCAGAGAUUCUUCAUAUGCCACAUACUACUCCCCUUACAGCCACUUCGCUCGGUUCAAAUUUAAUGCCUUUGAGUUCAUCAGUCGCCACCCAUCAGUCUACCUGAAGUGUGAGCUGGUGGUCUGCAGCCUUGGGGACUAUUCCUCCCACUGCUACCAGGGUUGCACCAGCAGGCCCAAGAGAGAUACAAGUUCUGUUGAGGAAAAAGUGAAUGUAGUUGUUGGACCACUGCAGCUUCGAGAAGGGAGUGUUAAGAGUGGGAAUACUACUAAAGCCAAAUAA